AUCCAUUCGAACAGGACUACCCCGAGACAAUAGAACAAAUACUGUCCGACGGUCCCGCAAUAUCAGUAUGCUUUAAUAGAAGAGGCACCCUGCUAGCUGGUGGUUGUUCGGACGGUAGCUGCAUAAUAUGGGACUUUGAUACGAAGGGUGUUGCAAGGAGGCUGCAUAGUCACGUCUCUAAAGUCACUAGCGUCAGUUGGUCGCGUAAUGGCCGAUUUCUAUUGACUUCGGGCGACGAUUUCAAAUGUCAGUAUUGGGAUUUACUCAAAGAUACCGCGCGACCUAUAAGAUUCCAUACCGGGGUAGUGAUGGCACAGAUGCAUCCAAAGAAUAAUAACGUUUUUGCCGCUGUAUUGCGACACAAACCUGCUGUGCUUGUCGACGUAAUGAAAGACGAGUGCAUUGAACUACCAUCCAUGUUGGACGAGCAAUACGAUGGUAAUGGAGACGUUAUUGAGAAGGAUGCGAUUAACAAACUAAACCCUAUCCUUUGCUGCGCUUUCGAUCAUCGCGGUGAGAGAAUCUUUACCGGAACCGGCAAAGGAUAUUUCAAUAUAAUCGAUAUACAAACACGUAAAAUCGUUUUCAGUCAGCAGAUUACAAAUAUUGGCAUAAAACAGAUUAAACUCAGCAGGAAUGGCAAGGACAUACUAGUCAAUUCGAAUGAUAGGACUAUUCGUCUUUUCAGUUUGGAUGAAAAUGGCAUGCCGGUAUCACGACAUAGUUUUAUGGAUCGCGUUAAUAGAAUACAAUGGAACCAAUGUUGCUUUAAUCGCGAUGGAGAAUAUGUCAUUGGAGGCUCUGCACAUAAGGCAGGUCAUAACAUCUACAUAUGGGACAAGAAUCUUGGGAGUUUAGUAAAAAUGUUAGAGGGUCCAAAGGACGAGUUGGUAGAUCUUGCAUGGCAUCCGGUACGCCCCGUAAUCGCAUCGGUCUCCACACAAGCUCAGAUCUACAUUUGGGCAACAAACUAUCAAGAAAAUUGGAGCGCAUUUGCACCAGACUUUAAAGAGCUAGAGGAGAACAUUGAGUAUGAAGAACGUGAGGAUGAGUUUGAUAUAAUAUUGGAAGAAGAGGCAAAACGCCAGCAAGAAGGGGAGGAUAUCGAAGUAGAUGUGACCACAGUCGACAAACCCACUCUAAAUUCAGAAACAGAAGACGAAGACGAAAUGUUUUACAUUCCUACUAAACUCGAUCCACGGACAGUUAUCGAUGAGGGUGAAGUCGAGGAUCCAAUGGAUCUGCGAACAACAUCAAAUUUAGACAAGCCUAUGCGUAAAGGCAAGGUCACAAAGAACGAUAAAGGUAAGAACAAGCAGAAGAAACAAAGCAAGCAUAACAGGAGCGGCUCUGACGAAUUGCCGCCGAACCCCAAAAAGAAGAAACAAAUCAAGAACAAGGAUUGA